UCAAAAAUACUCAUCGGUUCAGCACGAUGACUGGAUUAUUGCAGUAGUGCUACAGUCCAGAUGGGAUUCAACUCGAGGAAUUACAGUUGUGAAUUUUGGUCCAAGGCUAUCCUGCUGGCCAAUGAUAUGGAAGUGAAAUUAACUGUUUUGGAUGUAAUUACGAGUUCCUUAUUCCUUCAGCGCCCUACAGCUAAUGUUUGAUGGCCAGUCACCCUGAAUGGAUGACUUUCAACAUCUAAGGAAAUCACUUGAGGAUUGUAUUUUCUUCAAAAUAGAAUCCUGGUGUUGGAGCCUGGCGAUGCUGCAGCGUGUGUACAUCUGGCGGUUACUGGUUAAUCCUCGACAUUGUCAAUCUCGCGCUGGGGUACAUUGUUGCCCAACCGAAACCCUCGGAAAUUGUCUUUCAGCGUCUUCAGCUCACCUCCCUUCACCUCUGGAUUAUGGCCACUGCUCCUGCUGUCGGAUGAUGUCUACGCGGAAAUUGAUCCUGACACAGCACACCGCAACUGCCUUUGUUCAGGUUUUCUGAAUUCCGGUUGGGAUUUCAAUAUUCCAGGUCUGGACAUGUCUGGAAAACGACAGAGCGCCCAUAGCGGUGAAUCUACAAACUAAAGAAGUAUUACGUAAUAGUAUUACAGAAUUUUUAAAUUCUUAUCACUUUUUUAUUUUUAUGCGUUCGG